AAACCGUAGCUGACGUAAGUGUCGACAGUCCAAAAUAAUUUUAUAUAGUAAAGAGUUUUUUCCAUCUGAGCGGCGCAUGGACGACGCCAGCGGCCGGUUGUUAUACCAGGGUGGACGUGACGCCAAAUUUAAAGUAGCAGACAGCCGGGGGGGAUUGCCCUCAGUUGAGCAUUAAGCUAGCAGGCUAACACGCGGCCAAGAGAAGGUUUGCGAAUUUAGCUAAUUCAGACUUCAUCUAAUCACAAAAACUCGUGAGAUUGACUUCCUAGAAAGUCUGCGUGAGCGCUGCCCACCGUCCCAUGCCCUCUGUGUGGAUGGGAAACAGUUAGACAGAGGACCCGAAGAGGCAACCAGCCAGCAGUUCUGUUAAACAUGGAGGAUGAAGAGGUUGCAGAGAGCUGGGAAGAGGCAGCGGACAGCGGGGAAAUCGAGAGAAGGCUUGAGGCUAAACUGAAAAUAAAUCAGGAGGCAAAGAAAUCCAACUUGGGUUCGGGUGGCUCACCUAUUCGCACUGCUAUUGUAAUCCAGGAUGACUCUCUGCCUGCAGCACCCCCACCGCAAAUUCGAAUUUUGAAACGUCCUUCAAAUAACGGCACCACAGGAAACCCUGCAUCCUCGUCUCGUCCCUCUCAGCAGAUGAAGUCUUUGGCCCAGAGGGAGGCAGAGUAUGCAGAAGCACGCAGAAGGAUUUUGGGUAGUGCUUCUUCAGAUGAUACUCCUCAGGACAAUCCAUGCCAAGACAGACCAGCUCGUAUGAACGCGCAGCAACCAUCGGAACCAGUUCGUCCAAACAAUCAUGUGAUCCGCCAGCCCACAGGCCCAGAUGGCACCUCAGGCUUCAGACUCUGCAGAUAAACAGAAGCUGCCUGCUGCAAGGAAUCCGCUGUCUCCCUGAGAGGGCAUGAAGGGUGGCAGUUAAAGGGGUUGUGAGUGGUGGUGGGAUGACAAAUUACUGGACAGACAAUAGAAAUAUGAAGACGUAGCAUGGAUUGAAAUGAACUCCUCCACCCUCUCUUUACUCUGCUUACUGGCAUGGUCUUUGCCUUUCACCUUGUCUUUUCCUUCUGUGGAACAUGGCAAGGGGCUGGCAGAGAUCAGCCAAAGAUCUGAGACCCCUUCUGUUCCACACUGUGAACAGGCUUUGGCCUCACAUCCCUACACACUGUGAUACUCUGAUGUACCAUGAGGUGCCCUAUGAUUUUAAGUAUGAUUGGCAGGCCGAGCGCAAGGGCAUCAGGUGUCUGUCUCUUCAGGGAGUAUAAGGAGAAAUCGUGAAUCUGUGGGAAUUCCCCCGGAGAUGUGCAAACGAACAAGAUGGCCUUUCCACGGACGGAGCGUGGAUUAAGGCUGGGUGUCCACCGGGAAGCUGGCCUCAGUUUGUCGGGAGUCAGCAGAAAUUAAGUGCUUCAUAGUGUUCAGAGUUUACUAUGUGUUCAGCAGCUUGAGUGCAAGGUGAUAGGAACACUGAUCCAAACCUUUGAGUAAAAGUGCACUAAAGUGCAUUUUAAUAUUGUAGUUACAUAGCAAUGGCAGAGGCCCAGACCAGCACUUUCCACAGUCCACAGGCCUCUGUUUGGCACUGGUGGCUAUGAAAGAAAUGCCCGGUGGGCACACAGCCGGUGGCCAAAGAUUAUAGAUCAGAAGGACAGAAUGUCACAAAAUCUAGGCUUAUUCAAGCAAUAAUAAUGACUUUACUCCCUGGAUUAUUUUUUACAUAUUGCCUAAUUACCUGUGCUGUGUUUUGUUUCAAAUUAUCUUUUAUUUUAAACAGUUUACAUUGUUUCUUCAUGUUUGUGGGGUUUUUUUUCUGAGACAUAACAUGUUUAGGUCAGGAGAUCAGUAGUGUGCCAGAGAUUAGAUGAAGUAGCCUGUAUAGAAAACUGUAUUGUUAGUGUCAUUAAAUUUUAUCAUAUUGGGAAAAGUCAGACCUAUUCAUGAAUUGAAACCCAAAGUUGCCGUGCAUGCAUUUCCCUGUGUGUGCUGCCUGACAGUUGAAAGUUCUCUGACAGUCAACUGCACUGUGUCUGUCGAGAAAAGAAGACUUACACCAAUUGCAAUAUGUUGACUGACUGUGUUAUUAAAAUGAUGGUUUUCAAUUUCUUCAGACAUAACUAUUUGAUGCCGAAUGUGGAGGAUGGCGCAGUCACACGGCAACUGCUUUAUUUUGGAAAAAAUAUGUCAGGGAAAUUUGUGGUGAAAACUAUAAAAAUGAUUUAAAAAUGUUAGAAAUCUAAUUUUUUAAUCAGUAGAAUGAAGCCAAAUUCCACUGCCUGGUUUUGAUGAAUGUCUUACAUGUGGUGUUUUUCACACCGUUGUUUUCACCAAUCGGAAACAGAAGAAAUCAAUAGUCUCAUCAAAUACUGAUGAGUUACCAGUACUGAUAGUUACUGACAGUUUCACAAUAAAUGAACCUGCAGCAAAUUUUGAACCUUUUGACACUUGUAUGCCUUAAAUGACAAACGAUUCCUGGCUAUUUAUGUACAUUUUCUAAUGUGCUUGUUAAUAUUCUGUUUUGUGCACUUGUAAUAGGUUAAUUAUUUCAGCAAGUGUUUUAGGCAAAUACAAAACCAUGCUCAGUAAGGGUGCAAUAAUGCUUUUAUGCUUAUAGAAGUGCACCACAACUGUGCUUUGACCAUAAUUAGUCCAAAAGAUUUCAGUAAAACCGUUGAUUGGAAAUAUUAAGAACUUUGAUGAAUUGAAACUGGUUACGAGUGAAUUAAACAACUUGUGUCUAUACAGCAGCAAACUUCUCAGUACGGUUAAAACAACUGUUUUUGUGCCACUAGCUGCAAAACAGUCACUGCAUCUUUCACUAAUGUCUGAGAAUUGAAGUUACUUUUUGUUGUUUAAUGACAGCAAUAUAUGUUGUCCAUUACAAUGCUAAUGUCUCAAUAUUUUUUGUUUUACGGGCAAGUAUGCACUGUUAGGUGAGGAUGACAUGCAAGGUAGAAAACUGGGUUUGGACCUACAACAUUAAGGAUAUAAGCCGGUAGUACAUUGUUCCUAGGGAUCAGGUUCAGUUGUUGAAAUGAAUUUGAUGCGGAAGCAUUUUAAUUUGAUAACUAAAAGCAAAUUUCCAUCAUCUGUGAUCUACCUAUGAAGCUUUGUUUUAGUCAUUUACAGCCACCUGUCUAGUUUCGAUGUUGGUGUUAUUUUGAGACUUGAAAAACGCAGAUGACAUUUGAAAACCCUUUAAUAAACUCAAAA